UUGGUACCACAUUAUAUAUAUUGCUCCUUCAAACAUGAGCACAGAGGUAAAGCUUCAUGGGACAUGGCCAAGUCCAUUCAGUUACAGAGUGAUAUGGGCUCUGAAACUGAAGGGCAUACCAUAUGAAUACAUAGAAGAAGAUCUUUCCAACAAAAGUCUUGUUCUUCUCCAACACAAUCCAGCCCACAAGAAGAUCCCUGUGCUUGUUCACGGCGGAAAACCAAUUUGCGAGUCCAUGAUUAUCAUUGAAUAUAUAGAAGAGAUGUGGCCACACAACCCCUUGCUGCCCACUGAUCCUUAUGAGAGAUCUGUUGCUCGCUUUUGGAUUAAGUUUGCUGAAGAUAAGGGUCCUGCAAUGUGGAUAGUUUACCGAACUAGUGGCGAAGAACAAGAGAAGGCCAUCAAAGACACCUUGGAGAUGCUGAGAGCCAUGGAGGAAGAUGGGCUCGGCAGAGACAAGAAAUAUUUUGGUGGGGACAACAUUGGGAUAGUGGACAUUGCCUUUGGGCAGAUUGCUCAAUGGUUGGGAGUCAUUGAAGAAGUUGUCGGGGUGAAGCUGCUUGAGGCUCACAAGUUCCCUCGCUUGCAUGCAUGGAUCAAGAGUUUUAAGGAAGUUCCUGAAAUCAAAUUGAACCUUCCUGAUCGUGAUGAAAUGUUGGUCUUUUUUAAGAGUAGAAGGGAAGUGUUGCUGGCAUCUUUACAAGAUUAAUUAGUCUUUAAACUUGUGAGUUUUUGAGUCUCCAUGCUUUUUAUUUUGAAUGUCGUGGCUGCGUGGGCAUGGAACCUUUAGUAUGGUGUGUAUCAUCUAUGAUCGAGAGAAUAAGAAAAUGGGUUCUUCGUUGGUUAUCCAAAUAUGUGAUGAGACAAUGAAAAAAGAGGGCCAAAAUGAUAUGAACAUGUUACAUAUGUAACAUUAAUGUUGUAGGGCUGUAUGGAUAGGAUUAGGUUGUUGAGUCUUGGUUAAAUUCAAUAUAAAGCUAAGCAAUUUUGAUUGCUUCGGCUAUAUCUUUAGAGA